GAGGAAAAAAAAAGUCUAUGGUCUGUUAGAAUUAGAAAGUGUUCAACCUACAAGCUUUCUUUUGACACGAACAAAGUUGAAUGCAAGAAGAUACCGAGGGAUUCCCCCAAAAAAUUCUCCUGAAGAAAAAUGUCUGAAGUCAACACUGUACACGAGCCCCUUAAUUCAUUUUCCCGAGCUUCACGAAGCUAUAAUGUGUCACUGCUGGAAAGUCACCAUUAAAUCAUUUACUGCAGUAUGAAAAGGGAGUUCAUCGCUCGCAUCAAACGCAUACACAUAUACAUCCGUAAAGAAAAUAGUGCCCGAAGAAAUAUGGAAUUAAUCCUCAUAUAUAUUUGACUUGCCGUAAAUUUUAUGGGAAAUAUGUAAAAUUAUGAUAAGGACGGGCAGGUUUUUGGUUCUUAAUGAGAAAUUCGAUGCCGUUUACUUGGGGUGUAUAUAGACGUGACGCAAAUAUAGUCGGACGGACUAACUGUCAUGGUGACUGUUGUAGACUGAUUGGAUUUUAUUGGUUUUGAAGAUAUUUUUAUUUUGGCGUAAAUUAGUUUAAAAUAUGAAAAGGCAACAAGAUCGGGAUUCGCCGAUAAAGACAAAAAGAAGCCACAACGACAGUAGGACCAGCAGUCGAUAUGAUGAUAGUCCGAGAGAUCGAGGCACACCAGAUCGAAGAGACAGGAGGACUGUGAACAAGAGUCCGAGCGAGCGACGAGGAAGGAGUCGUGAAAGGACUUCGAUCGAAAGAAGUAAUUUAGGUAUGAAUCGGACGAGUGUCAUCAAUCGAGAUCUUUACGAUGAUUAUCCGCGAUCCGCCGUCAAGCAAUCUUAUACUUAUAAAGUGCUGUGUGUUAGUAAUUUAAACAAUAAAGUGAAUGAUUCUAGUGUGCGAGAUGCAUUACAGAGAGAGUUUGGCAGACAUGGAGAAGUAACCGUUAAACUCUGCCAUGAUUCUAAUGAAAGAAUUGCUUAUUUAUAUUUUAGGAGCGGCGACGAUGCGCGUGAUGCUAGACAUGCAAAAUCUAGGUUGGUGUUGUUUGAUAAACCGGUGCAUGUAGAACCUGUGUUAGAUAGGGCUGUGCUUCCCGGCAGUAGGAGAAAUAGGAGUGUGAGCCCGGAUUACACGCCGUCUCACGGCGUGAGGGGCAUAUCGCCCGCCCAUUCCACCGCUAGCACUAGUAGUGUCGGUCGGAGGCCUGCCGGCGGUCGUCAUAACUGUCUGGAUAGGAGUGUGCCCCCUCCGUAUCCGCCGCCGAGUCAUAGAGAACCGCCGAGGAGAGAUGUGAGAGAGUUUCAUCAUAUGUCUCACCGGAGAGAAGAGAGUAAAAAGGAAAAGUUUCCUAAUUACUUGCAUCACGUUCCUCCUGAAGAGGACGAUAAGGCCACAAGGACAUUAUUUGUAGGUAAUCUCGAGGUGAGCAUUUCUGAAGUAGAAUUGCGUAGGAUAUUCGAAAGGUAUGGUGUUGUUGAAGAUAUCGAUGUGAAACGACCGCCUCCGGGUCAGGGGAAUGCUUAUGCAUUUAUUAAAUUCUUGAAUCUUGAUAUGGCUCAUAGAGCUAAAGUAGAAAUGUCUGGGCAAUAUAUAGGUAAAUUUCAAUGUAAAAUAGGUUAUGGCAAAGCCACUCCAACGACUCGUAUUUGGGUGGGUGGUUUGGGGCCGUGGACCUCGCUUUCUCAUUUAGAGAGAGAAUUUGAUCGUUUCGGCGCAAUUAGAAAAAUAGAUUUUGUUAAAGGGGAAAACCAUGCUUAUAUUCAGUAUGAUAGUAUUGAUGCUGCUCAGGCAGCUUGUCAAGAAAUGAGAGGUUUUCCUUUAGGUGGACAAGAUAAGCGUCUACGAGUUGAUUUUGCAGAUCCAGGUCCUUAUAGCUACUACCAGUCGCCUUCUAGAGGAGCCGGUGCAGCGAGUGGUAGUUAUAGAGAUGAAGAUCAUUAUGUUCCAUCGAGAAGAAGUGGCAAUCGUGAUAUGGCAUCUUCUGAUGAUUUUUAUGAAGGAUUAGACAAUCAUUGGCAGCGAAAUAGUACGUACCAUAACAAUGCACAAUAUGAUCUACAUUAUGACCGUUUACCUCGGCAAAGUCGUGACCAAUGGCAACCGGAACUUGAUGAUCGACAUGAUGGUGAUUAUCGUGGUGGUUGGAAUAGGAACUGGUGGGAUGAUCAUCCGAGAAGUAGAAAUGAUGGUACAAGUGAACGGCGUAAACGUCCAAGAACUCCCGACGAUGAUGGCCCUCAAGAUUGUAGGACAGGUCGUAGUGAUGAUGGUAUUUCUUACAAGCAUGCACGUCGUUCAAACACACCAGAUCAAGGAGAACAAGAAAGGGUUUCUGUUCGUGACCCAAUUUCUCCAAGAAGAAAUCGUGAGAAUUCUAAUAGGAGGACAUCUAAAGAGCGUCAUUCUCCCAUAAAUUAUGAUAUUUUACAAAAAAACGAUUCUAGAGAAUCUGUGGGAAAAGAUCGUGAUAAUGAUGAUGUUAGAGAUAGUAGUAAUUCAUUUGGAAGGACCAGAGGAGGAAAAUCAGAAUCCCUAAAUGAAGAUAAGAAGAAAUCUUCAGAUACUUUAAAAGCAGGAAGUGUUACUGUUGCUGACAGUGUAACAAAUUUACAAGAUUUGGCAAAAUGUUGUCCGGUAGCAUGGCAUGGUGGUUUAGUUUUAAAAAACAGUGCUUUUACAUCACGGAUGCAUGUAUGUAGUGGUGAUCCAUCACUUGUAGAAUUUCUGAUGAAAGAUUCUACUAAUGAAGUUCCAAUGCUGCGUAUCACACAAAGACUUCGACUUGAUCCUCCUAAACUAGAUGAUGUCUCUCGGAGAGUAUCAAAUUCUGGUACUCAUGGUCACUGCAUGUUGUUAACUUUGCCAGGUUCAUUGCAAACCUUGGAGGAUCAAUCAAAUUCAGUCCAGCAACGUCCACUUAGAAAUCUUGUGUCUUAUUUGAAGCAAAAAGAAGCUGCUGGAGUUGUAUCUUUGCCAGGUGGUGGUGGUGGUGGUGUGAAAAAGGAUGGAAAAGAGUUGACAGGUGUUCUGUAUGCUUUUCCUCCUUGUUCAUUUGCUUUGGAAUUAUUAAGACGAAUUGCACCAAAUUUAACUGGAGAUUCCUCAAAGGAGGAUCAUUUGGUUGUAGUUGUAGUAAAAGGAUCAACAUAAAUGUUAUGUGGAAAAGCUAUAAAUAAAAACAUGAAAAUUUAGGCAUUUUAUUGUUGAAACAAUAGUAGUUAUUGUGUAUAAGUAGUUUGUGUUGAUUAACUACAUGUGAAGUUUUAAGUGUGUGCCUGUUCCAAUAAAACAAAUUGAAAGCACUGAUUUAACAAUAUGGAUAUGCAUUCACAUUUUAUUUCAAAUUUAUCAUCUAUUGCUGUAUCAUGAAAUACCAUCAGUGCCAUGGAUGUGAUGGGUUAUAUUUGAAACUAGAAGAAAAACUUUGCUAUUAAGUGCAAAAUAUUAAAAAGUUACAAUUGGCAAUUAAAUUUAUGAGAUUUGUACAGCUAGUCUUUAUCACAAGUGCUCUGUUUGAAUAUCAGAAAACCAAUUUUAUUUACAAAUGCCAAGAAGUGCAACGUUUUCAUCAAAUACUAUCAUUUAAAUUUAUAAUGUGUAGUUCAGUUGAUAAUUUAAAUAUUAACACUCAUAUCUUAUUUACCGUAUCUUUGUUUUCUGGUAUAUGCUGUUUCUAAAAUACAUGUCAACAUUCCAGUGAAGAGAAAAAUUCAUUUUUAUCAUUUAAUUAAGAUAAUUAGUAUUUAGUAUACCCUAAAUGACUAAUUAUUUUACAAAAUUAUAUUUUGUAAAAUUCUAGAAAAAUUUCUGUAUUUUUGUUAAUUAUUUUGAUUACUAUUGUACUUCACAUUAAUUUGAAUAUUUUAAAAUAUUUUAUUUUAUUGUAAUUAUUGGACUUAACAUAGGACAUCAUAUUAUAAUUGUAACAGAUUUAGUUAGAAAUUUACCUGUAAUUUUAAGAAAUCUUUAUAAAGCUUCAAAGUGAAAAAUUAUCAAUGCUAUUCAAUGCUACAUUGAAGAAAAUUUGGUGGAAUUCAUCCUGGAGAGAGUGAGAGAGAAAAAGGGAGAGAGAGUGCUGUGAUCUCUGGUGUCGGUGGUAGUGUUUCCCUAUUUGUCUCAACAGUGCUACAGAUGUCCAAAAAAAGUUUUACUUGUGUUCUGCAUGAAUCAUUUUUAUGAGAAACUUUUUUAUCAAAAAGGCUUGUUAAAGUGCAGUGUUGUGUUUAUUUCUGUUGCGAGUGCCUUUACAACAAAAGGAAGACUGUAUCGUCGCUUAUUUCUACUUUUGUCAAAAUUUAAAGUGUUCUAGUGUUAUGCCAGGACUUCUGCUCAAUUUAGUUCAGUUUAUUGAUCAAUUUAAUGUUUUUUUUUGUGUGCUGUGAAUCUUGCUAUUCAUCAGUGAGAUUUAGUGCUACUAAACAUCAUUGUGUUUGUGCUUUGUGUUGUGAACUUGCGCAUAAAAUUGUGUGAAAUUUAAAAUCAUUUAAUAAGUUGGCCUUAAGUAAGGCAAGGUUGUUGGUUCCUGACAUUCUAAAUUGAAAAGAAGUCUAUUAUUGUUUUUUCAACAAUUAUCAGUUUUAUUUUAUUAUGAAAUUUAAAUGAUUAUUAUUAUUAUUAUUAUCAUUUUUUUUUUGAGAAGAUGAUGAUGAAGUGGAAUAUAAAAGUUACAACUACAGAAGAUUUGUGUUCAGAAUAUGUAAGUUCAGUUAUAUUUUGUAGAAUAAUAAUUCACUUGUAAUAUUCAACAAUAUAUAUGGCAGAUAUGUGUAAUAUUUUACAGCACUUGUGAAAAAGGCUGCCUUUGAUAACUAGAAUUACAAUUAGUUGUAAAGGAAUUUGCUGUCAAAUAUCUGUUUGAAACUUGUCAAUUAAAAACAAUUAUAUAAGAUAUAUAUAUAUGCACACAUAAAGGUGAUUUUUCAAAUGUACAAGUUUUAUAUUGCUGUUUCUUGUUUGGAUAACAGCUAUGAAACAUUAUAAAUGAUUUCUAAGAAAGGAAAAUAUGAAUAAUGUUGUACAAUUGCAUAUUAAUUUCAUGAGGACAUCUGAGGGGAAAGAAAUGCAUCAUAGAUGUAAUACCAUAAUGACAAUAAUGCAAAAACUUGUAACUAUUCCAAACCUGUUAAAUUUCAUUAUGAUAAAUUGUGAACAGGUAUAUAAUUUACAGUUGUAAGAUAGAUAACCCAUCAAUUUGUGUAAGGCACAAAAUGAACAUUAAAAUGUAAGGAUUCUGUAUAACAGUUUCAGACUCAGUUUACUCUGUGAAUUUGAAGUGAUGCAAGUUGAAUUUUUUCCUCUUUUUUUUUCUUUAACAAGUAUGUGAAACAGUUAUGUUUAUCUAUUUUACAUUAUUUAAAGUUUGGAUAAUUUUUCAAAACAAAGUGAUUCUCAUUGUGAAUUUUCAUUAUCAAGAUCAUUCCAAGAAAACAUUUUAUUUAUAUGUGCAUCUGGAGAAAACAUAAUUAAACAUCAUUGAUAAAAUUUCAUAGAUUUCAAGAUUUCAGUUUUAUAAUUACAUUAAAAUUUCUUUUAUCUGUGCUUUUGGAACAUCAGUGAUUUUCAAACAUUAUGCAGUGAAAACUUGUUACAAGCUCAUCAUAAAAUCUUGUGAUCCAUUUGUGUACAAAUAUUAUAUAGUUCACAAUUCUGCAAAGAGAAGAUUGUGAUUAUUUAAUUUAUAAUGAUUCAGUGUUGAAAAACAAAAAGAAAUUUAAAUACUUGGCCAAAUGUGCUUUACAGGAAUUUUCUGCCUGUAGUAAAGUUUUAUUUUAAAACAUUUGUUUCAAAAAUAAUAAUAAUUUUAUUUUAUUUUUAUUGCUUUCUAUGGAAAAAA